AUGGGUCAUCCUCGCCUCACAAGGGUCGUCCCGCCUCACAAGGGUCGUCCUCGCCUCAAGGGUCGUCCUGGCCUCAAUAAAGAUCUUCCUGCCUCCAAGGGUCGUCCUCGCCUUCAAGGGUCGUUCUUGCCUCUCAGGGUCGUCCUUCAUCGUCCUCACAAGAAGGGUCGUCCUCGCCUCAUAAAGGCCUCACAAGGGUCGUCUCCCUUCAAGGGUCGUCCUGUCACUCCUCGCCUCACGUCCCGGGGUCGUCCUCGCCUUACAAAAGGGUCAGUCGCCUCCAAGGGUCGUCCUGGGUCAAGUCGUCCUCGCCUCACAAAGGGUCGUCCUCGCCUCAUAAAGAUCUCCUCGCCUCACAAGGGUCGUCCUCGCCUUCAAGGGUCGUUCUUGCCUCUCAGGGUCGUCCUCGCCUCUCAAGGGUCCGUGCCGGUCGUCCUCGGGUCGUCCUUGCCUCUCAGGGUCGUCCUCGCCUCGCAGGGUCGUCCGCCUCAAAGUCGUCCCCGCCUCAUAAAGUCGUCCUCGCCUCCUGGGGUCGUCCCGCCUUCGUCCUCUGCUCAUAAAUCUUCCUCGCCUCAAGGGUCGUCCUCGCCUCUAAAGAUCUUCCCUCGCUCACAAGGUCGUCCCGCCUCCAAGGGUCGUUCUUGCCUCCUCAUCCUCGCCUCAAGGGUCGUCCUUGCCUGUCGGGUCGUCUCUCAUAAAGGAGUCUCCUCGCCUCACAAGGGUCGUCCCGCCUCGCGGUCGUCCUCGCCCAUAAAGGUCGUCCUCGCCUCACAAGGUCGUCGUCCGUCCUCGCCUCAUCACAAGGGUCAGUCCUCGCCUCACAAGGGUCAUCCUCGCCUCCAGGGUCGUCCUCGCCUCACAAGGGUCGUCCUCGCCCGACAAGGGUCGUCCUCGCCUCACAAGGGUCGUCCUCGCCUCACAAGGGGUCGUCCUCUCCUCAUAAAGUCGUCCUGGCCUCACAAGGGUCGUCCUCUGCUCAUAAAGAUCUUCCUCGCCUCACAAGGGUCGUCCUCGCCUCAUAAAGAUCUUCCUGCCCACAAGGGUCGUCCCGCCUUCCAAGGGUCGUUCUUGCCUCUAGGUCGUCCUCGCCUCCAGGGUCGUCCUCGCCCUCAAGGGUCGUCCCGCCUGUCAGGGUCGUCCCGCCUCGCAGGGUCGUCCUCGCCUCAAAGGUCGUCCUCGCCUCAUAAAGGUCGUCCUCGCCUCACAAGGUCGUCCUCGCCUCGCCGUCCUCGCCUCAUAAAGAUCUCCUCGCCUUCCAAGGUCGUUCUUGCCUCUCAGGGUCGUCCUCGCCUCUCAAGGGUCGUCCUGUUCUCAGGGUCGUCCCGCCUCAUAAAGGUCGUCCGCCUCAGUCGUCCUGCCUCACAAGGAUCGUCCCGCCUCACAAGGGUCGUCCUGCCUCACAAGGGUCGUCCUGGCCUCUAA